AUGUCCACUCGUACCGUCAUCCCCGCUCACUUGUCGUACUUCGCAAUAUACAAUCCGUCUCUUGGUCCGACCGAUGAGACCUUACGCGACCAGAUCGUGUUUUACUACUCUCACGAUGUCGAAGUGGAGCGAGAGCAACAGACGGAAAUAAAAUCUGCAGCAGAUGGAAAUCGCCAUGCAACCUCGGAGCAGGACAACCAGCCAAAUGGGAACCAGAAGGAAGAAGGGCAAGAAGAGAAUACCAGAUUGCGGCAGGUUGGGUUAGCACAAGGUAUGGUGAACUUUGUAAAGAACUUCUCGAACGGCAUUCCUCUCGAGUCUAUGGAAACGGAGAAAUCUCGAAUUGUCCUAAAAGAAGUCGAGCCUCAAUGGUGGAUCGUCGCCUCCAUUCACCUAACACAAUUGCGUGCUGUAUCAGGAGCACCCUCGGGAAACAAACAGGCUUCAAAAUCAGGGACCAAUACUGGCUUGGGUGGCAUCGCGUCCAAGGGAGAUGUCGAAUACUCAUCGCGAGAAGUUGCUCCGGGACCUCUGCUCCUCGCACAGCUCAUACAAGGAUACCGCGGAUUCUUGCUCCACCACGCGCCUUCGUUGUCUGAGCUGUGGAAAAAGCAUGAGAACAACCGAGACCUGUUUUGUAGUCUUUUACAUAAGUACUGGACGCGGUUCAUCUGGCAUUGGGAUGUCCUCUUGCACGGUCAUCCUGCGACAGACAUAUAUGACGCUGUCAAACUCGCUGCUGGCGGAGAGCUCGGUGUUGGUGUUGGCGAAGAAGAAUGGGGAAGUGGUGAGAGAGAAGUGCUGGAGGGAUUCGCCGGCAGGACUGAGGGACUCGUCGACCUUAUUGUCGGGAGAUAUGGCGAUGCACCUCCGAACCGCAUAGACGGGGAGAAACCCAAGGACAUGACCUCCCAAGAUGUGCCGCCUUGGUUGGGUAAUGGCGAGGAUGCGAGAGCCGAUGAUGGCGUCAUAUUUUCUGGCAUCGGUGGCAUCUCAAGGCCCUCCCUGGUCACAGUAUCCCAGUGGAUGGAGUCCAUAUACAUGCACGGCGAUGCAGCUUACGGGGUGGGUGAGAACCCGACAUCUCGACUAAAACAUCGGAGCAAAAGACGAAAGUUGGACAAAGGCAGACUUCAUGCGCCAGGUCAGGACCAGACGAAGCGGCAAGCGCAGGCGGUACAUCCUAGAGUGAGGUCCGCGGGAGGCAGAUCACAGGAUCUACGUCGUAGGGCGAUGGAGAACAAUACAACACCACCAGGCAUCCCGCCGCCUCUCGUCAGCGCCGUAGAGCGAUCUUUGGACAAUGCACUGGCCAACCUAGACGCGAAGUCCCUCAACGCAAACGACGACCGCAGGAGUGAAGGAGAUGCGGAGCCGGGCCUUACCGCCACCGAAGAGGCCUCCAUAUUCAAUACGGAGAAGAUGAUGAAGUAUCUCAGCCUUGGCUAUGGCACCAGUUGGACGCUGAGUCCCAAGGGUUUCGGCCAAGUCGCGGACGACAAAGCUGCUGGUCAAGCAGACACAUGUCAGAAUACAGAACCUGCGGUUGAACAAUUGCAGGAACUUGAUCCGACUCCAGACGUCAGCGACGAGGAGGAAACACCAUUCGUUCAACGGCUCGAGGAGUCCAUUGGUAAAUUCCUGAUCGGUCUCUCUGGUGACCUGGAAAAUACAGAAUUUGAGGAUGGAUCCAACGACGAGAGAAGUGAUGAUAAACCCACCAAGGCAAAGCCACCACCGCACUCUUCGUCGAGCCGGAUUUUCCUUCGUACCUUGGUUGUUGGAAUGUCGACAGCCAGGUUCUCCCGUCUGGAUGCAGAAGAACGCCCUUCCUUCCUGUCGCAGGCGACCUCCAACGAUCACGAUACAGAGUCAAGAAAUGACAAGACGAGUGCGGCGGCCUCUGUCGACGGCAUUCGUCCGAUUGUCACCCAUGAAAAGGUUCAAGUCGCGGUCUAUGUUCACCAGCCAUUCAUCUUCGUCUUCUUGUUCCGGUUACAUACGCCCAAUCUGACAAUGCCUGGCUUUUACCGUGCCAUACAUCACACCCUAGGCCCAUUGCAAAAGAGUCUCUUGAGAAGCACGGACCCGGAACGCUGGAGGGAACGAAUGAAAGCGUCAUUGGGCCUAGACUCAAGUGGCGUUCUCGAGGAUGGGGAUAAUUCGCGACCCUCACCUGACACAAACGAUGUCGGUGAAAUAUAUGAUCUUCUCUACGAUCCCCUGAAAUCGACGCUCCGAACCUCAAUUCCAAACAUACCACUCCCAGGGAGUCUCGCCGCCGAAGGCCUACACCGAACCCACCAGAAGCCCCGGCCGAUCACAGUUUCCGGCUCGUGGUACACGCUUGGGAUCCCCAUAGGAUCUGCGUCAUCAGAAACCAGCACAGGCGAUGCAGGUUCGACAAGGAUCAUCAAGAGUGACUGGACCCGUAUUGAGGCUUUGAAUGUUCACACUCAUAUGCUCAACAUCUGGGCUUCAACUCGCGACAAAAACGCGGGUAUCACCAAUGCACAGCCAAAUGGUGAAGAGUUAGAAAGAACAAUCAAAACAGCAAGAGGCUGGUGGGUGGUGUGGAUGAAGGUCUUGGCUUCAAAGCAACAGAAAGAUGGCAGCGAGGGCGCUGCAACACCUUCGGCAAAUCAAGACAAAAGUGCAGUCCGUCCCUGGCGGGGUGGAUUGAGAAGAACCGGGGACUUUACCCAUGAGGCUAUUCUUGUGAGAAGGUCUUCUCAUGAACGCAAUUCGACAAGCAGAGACACGUCCCGCUCCAGAUCCGAGGGUGUAAGUUCUCACCUUUCUGGGAAAUGGCUCCUUCGUGAUCAACCUCGCAGUCGAGAAGUCAGCGGGGGUGGACGUGCAAUGUCUGGCAUUAUUGGGGCGCCUGGAAGCACAACUGCCAAGGGCGUGACGGAGGGCCUGGGAGUAGACACUAGAAGGUGGGUUGAGGCGUUGAUUCGAUUGAGUGUUUGA